AUGUCCCAAAACCGCAGACCCCCCGGUUCACCCGGCACCAGCAACACCAACAGCAUCAGCAGCCAGAAAGCCCUCUACGGGAUAAAAUAUUCCGAUGAAGAGGAGAUCGAACAACGGUUUGCUGAGCAUCCCAAGCCGGCGGCGAGUCAGGCUCAUCAGGCACCAGCUCAGCCUCUUGUUCCACCACACGACAACGCAUCAGCUAGCAGGGCCCCGAGUGGUCUGCGACCUUUUGCUUUUCCCAUGAUAGGGACUUCAGGAGUCAACACUAUGGGCACCCAACGGAGUGGGGAUGCAUAUGAUGUCUUCAUGUUUGCCAUUCCAGGCGGUGGGCAUGCCUUCGUUCUGCCGAGCAACAAUCCAUCUGCGACGUACGAACCCGGUAGACAUAUAGCCAUGGGAGAAUUGAUUGCACCAAAAGGAAUGAUCAAGAUUUCGUGGCGACCUUUGGCCAACCGAUUCAACACGGCUUAUCGCCGCAGAAAGCAUAGACAUCUUCUCCGGGAGCCUGUCCCCGUAAAUGUCCCGGAUCCAGUCCGGACAUGUGCCAACUGUGGCCAAGAAGGCCAUACGUUGCAGAUCUGCGUCAAGCCAGGUCCCGACGGCGAUUUGAGAGGUUGCCCGAGAUGCAAUACCCUGGACCAUGUCUACGACUUUUGCAAGAACAACAAGCACAAACAUGACGAGGACGUUUUCUACCUCAUCACCAGCCGUGGCAACCGUCCCCAGAUCCGGACCGUGCUCAAGUGGAUCGACAUAGCGGCACGAAUGAACACUGAGCCACUCCACAGGCCAUGGUCCAAGGCAUAUGCCACUGUACUGUACCACGCUCCAGGUCGCAAGUACUGGGACAAAGGUAACUACGACUACCGCUCAGAUGACGCCAGAUUCCUCCCAGAGGAUCCUGAUACAGGUACGACGGACGGUUUUGCCACCGCAUGCAUGGAAGGACGGCUUAACCAGGAGUUCUUUGUCAAGCCCACCGAGCAACUGAUCAACUCGCACAAGAACACAAAGCUGGCUGCCGCUGAGCGGGAGGUCGAGGAGCUGAAAGCGAAGAUAGCCAGAGCCGAAGCAGCUUUGAAGGAGGCAUGA